AAUAGGCUUGUGCAUAAACUCCCGCAUUUUACGACGCUGUCUGUCAACUUGUUGAGCGAGCUGCAACGCACUUGAGCAACUGUCCUGAGUCCAAAUUCUUCAACUCGCAACUAUCUGCGCUAUUAAGCUGUUACUGCUGCACGUGUUUUAGGGGGCCGCUGGCCCCAGCGCAGUGGAUUUCGUGAGCGUUGGGCGACGUUAGGCCCAUGGAGCCUUACCCUGAGCAAAUCCUGCACGUAGGAUUCAACCAGGACUAUGGCUGCUUUUCCGUGGGAACCACGAACGGCUUCCGCGUUUAUAACUGCGAGCCGUUUAAAGAAACGUUCUGUCGCGGCUUCAACAACGGGGGGAUAGGCAUCGUCGAAAUGUUGUUUCGCUGCAACAUCCUGGCCAUCGUGGGCGGCGGGGCAGCGCCACGGUACCCCCCGACCAAGGUCAUGAUUUGGGACGACCAUCAGGGGAAGUGCAUUGGGGAAAUGUCCUUCCGAAGCCAGGUCCGCGCGGUGCGGCUGCGGCGGGACCGCAUUGUGGUGGCGCUGGAGCACAAGGUGCUUGUCUACAACUUCGCUGACCUCAAGCUGCUGCACCAGACCGAGACCGCCGCCAACCCGCGCGGCCUGGUGGCCAUCAGCUCCGUGGCCGCCGCCUCCGCCUCCAGCGACAACACCGUGCUGGCCUGUCCGGGGCUGCACACAGGGCAGGUCCGCAUCGAGCUGUACGACCGGCGCCAGACCAAGUUCAUCGCCGCGCACACCAACGCGCUGUGCUGCCUGGCGCUCAGCCUGUGCGGCAAGCGGCUGGCCACCGCCAGCGAGAAGGGCACACUGGUGCGCGUGUGGAACACCGCGGACGGGCAGCUGCUGCAGGAGCUGCGUCGUGGCGCCGACCCCGCGCACGUGUACUCCCUCGCCCUCAGCCGCUGCUGCGAGUGGCUGGCACUCACCAGCGACAAGAGCACUGUGCACGUGUUCGCGCUGUCGCCGGCGGUGGCCGUGGCGCCGGCAGGCGGCGGCGCCGCCGCCGGCGGCGGCGCGGCGGGCGGCGUGAGUGGCGGCGGCGCGGAGGAUGGAAGGCGGGCGGCGUCGCCGGUGGGCCCGGCGUCGACGUCCGGGGAGGCGGGGGCGGCGGGUGGUGGGGCUGGGAACGGAGGAGCGGGUGGCGCGACGCCGCCGCAGCGGCAGAACCCCACGUCCUUCCUGUCCAUUGUCAAGGGCUACGUGCCCGCCAUACCGCUGCCCAAGUACUUUGCCAGCGAGUGGUCCUUCGCGCAGUUCCGGGUGCACGAGGAGCCGCCCGACCCAGCCACGGGCGCGCCGCCGCCGUCCAUCGCAGGCUUCGGCGCCGAGCCGCACACGGUGCUUGUGGUGACGGGCGGCGGCUCCUUCUACAAGGUGGCCUUCGACCCAGCCAAGGGCGGCCCCUGCAGCCAGCUGUCCUACUGCAAGUUCAUGGAGCGCAGCGACGGCGUGGUGUGAGGAGGAGGAGGGGAGAGGAGGCAGGAGGGGAGGACGCGGUGGGGAGGAGGGAGAAGAGGGAGAGGAGGAGAGGGAGGGGAGGAAAGGGAGGAGGUGGUGGGGAGGAGGGCAGGAGGGCGGGUUGAUGUCCGAGCCUGAAGAGGUGGUCCCGGCGGGAGUGGAGGAGGAGAGAAAGAGAGGAUGGUGGGGCGGGAUGUGCGCGUGUGUACGGCAGGGGGUUGUCGCUGUCCGGCUGCUGGUGCACGAUGCGAUUGCGCCGACGGCUACUCCGUCGGCACGGCGCGCACUGCAUGCGGACGAUUGCCCCGGCCGUGUCCCCCGAGCGUGUUUAACUUGGGAUGUCCACGGGUACUGUAGUGAUCUCCAACAACCAGUGGUGUGCGGUAACGGUGGUUGCUCAUAGGACAGCGGCGGGCACUCACCGCCGCACGCCUAGACUGUGGCGCUUGUGUUUUCGGGGGCGGUGGGCGUGAUGCUCGUGGUCUGAGGCAAGGCCUUCGGGGGAGGGCGCUAGCCAGGACUUCCAUGCGAUAUGGAAAAUGCGCACGGUGUGAUGGAGCAGGCGGUGGCGCGGUGGUGGGGACCGGAAGCACAGUGGCGAUUGGGGCCCAGGCGUGCAUACCGGAGUCGUGGACUGCAUUGCUACGAACAGUACGGUGCGGCGCCGUGUUCCUGACUGAAGGCCUGCGGCCAUACGGCCUGGGGCCCUGUCAUGAGGAGCCAGAUGGAGGGUCUCAUGUC